AUGCGUCACGAAACCCCCGACCGACGGGUUCUCGAGUAUCAACACCUGCGGGGCCCACCCGCGGAUCAAAAACCCCCUCCCCUCAACCCUCUCCUCGAACCUCUCGUCCCCGAGCCACUUUUCGAACUCGUCCGGCGCGUUCCUCACGACCCACACGAAUGGCCGGGCCGAACCCUCCAACCCCAACCCGAGCUCAACGAGCUGCGGUGCCGCCAGGCGCGACAGACUCCCGAGGCAGACAUAGACAACCGUCCCCUGUUCUCGGGAACCGAGCCAUCUCAAGCACUCGUGCUCGUCGAUCGAGGGUCGAUUCCCUCGUUGGGCCUUAUCCAAGAAAUCACUGUCGUUGCACGACGAGACGGGCCCGACACACCACACCUUCGUCCCCUUUGCUUCGGCGUAACCCUUGACAUACUCUGCCUCGAGCUCCUCGAAAGUGUUGAAAACAAUCCCGAAACCUUUGGAAUCGGCCUCGAGAACCUCCCGGCAGACUUCCUCGGCCGUGCCCCGAAGCUGCGCUUUCGUGAGCUCGACUCGAUCGGGCAGUCCGGGCAGCACGGAAUACUCUGUGUCCGAAGACACGCCCUUGAAAACCGUGGGGUCGUCGAGCAUAGAAAAACAACUCAUCCCGUGAAAGACGAGCCUCGAGAUCCGCAAUCGAGCGGCGAGGCCCGUCGUCCAUGGGUAGCACGAGUCGGAGAGCAAGCAAGUCGGGUCGGGUUUGAGGUUUCGGAGCGAAUGCUCGACUUGGUCUUCUAA